GCAGGUGGAGUGUUAUUAUUCUCUGACAUCUCAAAUUCUAACACCUGACCAACUUGGAGUGGACAAAAACUGGACCAGAUUUAAGUUUAAUUUUAGAACAAAAACAUUGUUGCUUUGUCAGUUUGAGAUAAUUCAAUUGAAAGAUCAACCUAAGUGGAGUUCUGAAGCCCACAGGAUACUUUUAAACCCCAAGAAGUUGUUACUAUUAGGGGUGGUUGAAGCAUCAGUGUCAGAAUGUGUUCAGGUGGCUUUGCCAAGUGUCUGGGGAUCACGCUGAUGCCUCUGGCGAUUGUGUGUGUGCUGUGUAACAUCCUGCUCUUCUUCCCUGGUGGAAAUUCUGUGGAGAGCGAACACAUCACAGAGGAAGUCUGGUACUUUGGAGGCAUUCUGGGCUCUGGAGUGCUGAUGAUCUUCCCAGCUCUGGUCUUCCUGGGUCUGAAGAACAAUGACUGCUGCGGUUGCUGUGGCAAUGAAAGCUGUGGGCGGAGAUUUGCGAUGCUGAGUUCCAUAUUGUUUGCAUCUGUGGGUGUUUUGGGGGCUGGUUACUCAGUUGUAGUUUCUGCUGUGGCCAUAAACCACGGACCUGAGUGUGUGGUUGAGAAAAGCAGCUCAAGCAAGCUUUGGAGCUAUCCCUUCUCAAAUGGUGACUACCUGUCCAACAAAACUGCCUGGUCGCUUUGUUUAGAGCCGGACGGUGUGGUGUCCUGGCAUCUCUCUCUGUUCUCUGUGCUGCUGGUAAUGGGUUUAAUCCAGAUGGCGCUGUGUGCUGUGCAGGUGGUGAACGGCCUGCUGGGAGCGCUGUGUGGGGACUGCUGUGGCUGCUGUGGAGGGAGCGAUGGAGCAGUCUGAGCCCUUCCUACAGCUGUGAGAGACUGAAGUUGGCUGUUUCCUGUAUUUAUUCUGUUUCUAGAGGAUGACAGUAGUUUCUUGCUUUACGGCAUAGCUAUAAGCUUUUGCAUAAGAGCUCAUUGAUUACAUUGUGUGUACCAUCUAACAUUGGUGAAAUGACAGAGCUCAAAUUUUAAGGGUUUCCCAUUUACUCUCUAGCAAACACUGACUCCAUUUUCUCAUUGUUAAAUAUGAAUCUGCAUCUGCUGCCAUUUUUUGGCUCUAACUAAUUUCCAACAUUAACUACUGUAGUUAAUGAUUUUCAUCCUGCUGUAUGUAUUUGUAUCCAUUUUUGCCCAUUUAGCCAAAACAAUAUAUAAAGAUCCUAUUUUUGAUAUAUGUAUGUAUGAGACCAUGAGACAGGGUAGGACCAUGCUAUUGCUUUAAAUAGUUUUUUUUUUUCUUAUCUAGUCAAAUUUAAACAAAGGUAGCAAGAUAUUGAGUUUCUCUCUUCAAAUAAGAUACUUCUGUUAAAUGACUGCCCCCUGCUGGGCAUUUUGGCGCUGGUCAUUGAGAUCGACCUAUAUGUAUCUACACGUCUUGUACUUCUCUCUGACAAAGGUUUCUAUUAGAAUAAAAAGUACUGAAACAGAAUGUUUUUAUUUCAAAAUGCAAUAAAUAAAUGCUCAAUGUUA